UCCAUGGUCCUGAUAUUCCAACUGAUCACACUAGCAGGAGACGGCAGCCACAUCAGCUCUGUACUGGCCUGGGGGGCGUUUCCAGUUUGUGGACCGAGCUUCAGUCUCAUCCAGGGCAGGUAAAAAGACUCCCACUGGGAACGUCUGGAGGGCCAGAGCACUGCACCACCGUAUUGAUGCCCCCUUCAAACCUUCCUGUGAUGCCUCAACCUGAGGUCCAUCAUGAUCAACCCCAGAACCAGCUGCCAAUCCAGCCUUCAUCACAGCCCCAGUUCUGUCCUCAACUCAUCCAUCCCCAGUCCCAACAGCAGGGGCAUGCAGGCCCCCGCUGCAGAGCAGGAGAGCCCACUGUGCUCCAUUCUCACCGGGGGUCUCCUCUCCACCUGUCAGCUGAUUCCGCUUGCUCUUCCUCAUCUCUGCCAGGGAAGAAUUUCUCCUCAGGAGCCUUUUCUGGAAACACUGGGGAGAAGAGUGAUCCAUGUAGGGAGAAAGCAGAGGGUGGGAUUCACUACAAGAAGAAGCCAAUCAAGAAGACAAAUAGCUGUGGCCCCAGCAUGAGCGGCAGAAGUGCACCGCCUCGGCAGGCAGACAAACAGAAGAUGCAGCCUUCAAUGGAGAACCUCUCCACGGAGGAGAUGGAGGAGUAUACAUUCUCCCUACAAUCAGCACUGACUGGACCUACUUCCUGUCCUCCGAGCCUGUCUGACCGAGCCCGCCUGGCCCUCUGCAUGCUGCCGUCCGAGCUGGGCCUGCCGUUGCCGCGGCAACAACAACAACUGCAUAGUAGCUGGCACGACUCCGUUCGGCAGCUCGGCCUCAUUAUGCUUCUGCUGGCUUUGAUGUGGUUUGUGAGGCUCUACCUGCAUUACUGCAGCCAGUGGCUCUACCUCCAGGCCAUAGCAGUUCCUGUCAACAAAUUCCACUUCCACGCACACACGGUAGACCUCGUGUACCAGAGUUCUUUGCUCCACACCCGGGAGGAGCUGGCAAUGGUGGUGGUGGGUCCCCUGACCUUGAACGCAGUAACGUUCCUGCUGGUUCUGAUCAGAUGGGGCUGUCAACAGAUAUUUGGCUCACUCCCUUCCUUCACGUCAAAGUUUAUCAUGGCUCAGGGAGUGUGGACAGUCCUCGACCCCCUGGCAGUCUUUGCAGUGGACGCCGUCCUCGGGCGUCUCGCCUACAGCCCCGAUGCACCAGUUGCUGACGCAGCCAAGCUUUACUGGCACUUCUAUCGAGCUGACCAGUCAGGUGCAGCAGGGGUGAUCAUCACUCUGUUCCUCUACGCCGUUCUCUUCCUGCUUUCCAUCACCAUCCUCUCCAUUUACCUGCUCAGAUUCCACAACGAUGGUCGCAUGCUGGAUAUCUUUCAGCGACUCACAGCCAAGGAGGGGAUGUACUUCCUGCCUCAAGACUUUGAGCUGUCCAAUCAGGAACUGAGCUACAUUGUCAAGAAGGCAGAGCAGUGGAGAGGCUUCAAUGGGGAGAGACGCAAGGUGGCUGUUAAUGACUAUAUCUGGACAGCAGAGGACCCCUUGUCAGGCUCUGCAGCUCCUGGUGAUGAACCCCAUAGGGAAGCUGCACCCAUACCGGAGGGUGAGACCAGCACCCAUGUGACCGUCUACACACUGUACCUGAGUGGGUUAAAGCAAAGAUACAGGCACUUCCUCAGACAACCGGAUGGGGCUAUCAUUGAGGUGAUUGGUGACGUGGACGGGGUUGAAAACGCGACCAGGAUGGUGCCCUGCCCCGGUCAGAGCUCUGCCAGUCAGAGGGAGGAUAAGGGAGGUGCAAGCGCUUCAAUCCAGCUACGGAAACGGAAGAAACUGUUUGGGCGGUACCAUCGUGUUGAGCCAGUAGGGGGAAGCGGAUGCGGCUCCAGUUUUGCACUGCAGGACCUCAAUCAGUGAUAUCAAAUGAAAGUGAAGAUCGUUCAGCCUUAAACUGAUUACCAUAAUCUCACUUUAAAGUCUGCAGUUGUUUCAUUUUUGAAUACUGGAACUGUUUCUGCUCUUUGUAGAGUUGUUAGAUUCAAAUAUUAAAAACUGUGUUGAUUAAUUUCCCAGCUGUAAGUAGUUUAAAUUGUAUUGCCGACUUGGAAAUGCAGUAUAAUGUGUCUCAUUAACACAUUUUAACAGCUUGUUUUUACACAUGUCUACAUGUACUGUAUCAUUUGUGUCAUACAAAACAGAGUUACAGUCAGAAAUAACUUGCUCGCCAAUAGCUGACUCAUACCAGCCUCAGUGGUAGUACUGUAAGUUACAGUGUUUUGCUCUUCAAAACUUAUGCAAGUAAACACAAAUAGUGUAUGCGAACUGAUAAGCUAUCUGUGACCUAAUAAACACUUGAGCAACACUUCUAAUGAAUGCAGGUUGUUAAGUGUCCCGCACUGCCUCAACACAAUGAAAUAUGAAGAUUCCUAAAGUCACUAAUCAGAACACGAGUGAUAAAAUAUCAAUAUUGGCCUCACAUUAAGCAGGAUAAUAUUCAGGCCAGCUUGAUUUGUAUUGAAUAUGUGUCUGCUAGCCGGUGCUUAGUGUAAUGAAGUGGCUCACAAAUCAGGCUGUAAUGGCCGCCUACUUACACAUAUUGCUUAAUUAAAGGUUGUGAGCUUAUUAGCAUGUGUCUCUGGCACAGGGUGCAGGAAGAUGGGGAUCAGGACUGAUGUCGUUGAGGGCUCGGCUUUAAAGGUUUUAUAGAUAGCUAACCUAUCAUACUAAAGCCAUAGCCCUCCUAAAAUCGGAUCUUAAUAACCUGUCAUUUUCAUUGAUGAUGAUUCUCCUUUAUGGGCAGCCAUUACAGAUCAAGUUCUGGGUCGUGUUGAAUGGCGAUGGUGGUCAUUUGUGCUCGUCAUUAUCAGGAACACACCUUACUUUGGCCUUGAAGUUGCUCCUCACCUCCAUGUUUAAACCAUCACAGUCUUGGCCCUGGGGCACGGCGCACAGUGCAUAUGGACACACACACAGAACACAUUCACUCUCACACACACCCUUAAGAUCCACAGAGCUCUGAUGGAGCAAUAGGCCGUCCCAGCCUAAAAGUCCUCAUAAAAGGACUGAAAAUGGGAAAAGAGAAGAAUUACUGGAUGACAUUUUUUUUGGUUUAUUGUCCAUCUGUGAUAGGAAAUGAAGAAAAGUACAUUCUGGCAUAAUUCUAGAGAGAAAUAAUCGAUGGUUGACCUUAAAUGUAUGCACAUGCUCAACAUUUGUUUAUUUUGGUGCACCUUUAACGUUGCCAGGAUGUGUUAGACUAGUGGAGCAUCCUGCCCUUCUGCCUGCCUUUGACACAAGCCAGAACCUAUAGAGCUAAUGCGCUCCAAUUAGAGAUCACUCCAUUAACAGUGACAGUGCUACACCCCCAAUUCAAUCAGCCCCUUAAUGAACAUUAAGCAGAGACGCUGUCUUUCAGAGAUGACAGGAAGCUCUUCUCUUUCUCCAUUUGUCCUACCUUACUGCUGGGAUCAUUUAACUCAACUCCUCAGUUUGGUGUUUGCUCACUUUGUCUGCUUUUAUUUAAUAUGCAACACGAAGUCGGUCUGAAGAGCAGCUGAAUAACAUACAGACGUAUUCCACUGUUCUUCCUUUUGUUUUGAUAUGUUACUCUUUUAUAUAAAUCUAUAAAAUUGAUGAAUUGCUCUUGUUUCACCUCCUGCUGUCUCUCUCAUGUGGUGUUUUCUGAGAGAAUCAUCACCUUUUCUAUUCAUCAAAACAACGCCUGGUGUCGUAUUUUUUUCCAACUCGGGGCAAAGGGUGCAGAUGCAGAGGGGGCAAAGGUAUUACAAUGGUUCAAAUAUUUGAUUGUUAAUGACAAACACCCAUUUCACCACAAUUUAAAUUUCAAAUUGAUCCCUGGGAGCAAUUAUUUCUGAGGGAGAGAAACACGCCGCUAGGUCUCUGCUCCACACAUUUGCUGAUUUAAGUUAAAAGAAAACCUUUUUGCAGUGCUAUCAUAAGGGAGCUGCAACUUUUUGAAGUAAGUGCCUGCAUCUGCUUAGAGCCAACCCAACCUGGGGAUGUUGCUGGAGAGUGAGAAAAGAGGGGAAAAAUAAAACAUAAAAAGAAAAAAAUAACACUUUGUCUAAUUCUAUAUUUAUGUAGCCCUCAGCUUGAGGUAUUCACAUAAAACAGUUUGUAUUCAGAAGUGCUGCGGUGAUCGUUAUGCUGCACGUUGAGAUCGGCAACUCUUCGGGCACGGUUGGCGGGUGCGGCUCAGCCUGAUUCAUUUGAAUUAAAGUUGCUCAACUAAAUAAAAGGGAUUCAAAUUCCCACUUCUGCUGCCGUUUUCCCUUCUUCUUUCCAAACCUUCUCUGAUUGUUUUUUAAGGCAAUCACUAAAGCAAUUCUUUUGAUGAAGAA